GUUUUUCGCAACUGUGCGCGCGUUCGGCGGGUUCCGUUAAAAUGGCGAGCCGAUGGAGAGCAGAGUGACAGAGAGCGGAGUGCUUUCCUUUAUCUUUAACACCAUCAGGAGGGAAAUAUCUGCACAAUGGCGGCCUUGGAUCAGAAAUCUCCCAACGUGCUUCUGCAGAGUCUUUGCUGUAGGAUCACCGGGAAGAGUGAAGCUGAUGUUGCACAUCAGUUUCAGUACGCUGUCCGGGUCAUCGGGAGUAAUUACGCCCCCACCAUCGAGCGAGACGAGUUCCUGGUGUCCGAAAAGAUAAAAAAAGAGCUGUUAAAGCAGAGGCGAGAGGCAGAUGCAGCUCUUUUUUCAGAGCUCCACAGAAAACUCCAAACCCAGGGAGUGCUGAAACACAGAUGGUCCAUCUUAUACCUCCUCCUCAGCCUGUGUGAGGAUCCCAGAAAACCGUCUGCCCGGGUGGGCAGUUAUGGGUCACUGUUCGCCCAAGCUUUGCCACGUGAUGCCCACUCCACUCCGUUCUACUACACCCGACCCCAGAGCCUGUCUCUCAGCUACCCCGAGCGCUCAGCACUGGCUGCACACAACGCCUCCAGCAUGGGCACCAGCGGCAUCAGCAGCCUUGGCAUGUACACACUGAACGGCCCUGGCGCUGGCCCCAGCCCCCAGUCCCUGCUGACCGGUCCGCAAGCUGUAGCCGAUCCCGCACGUGGUCCUCGUCUGGCUUGGGCGCUCCCAGUCACCGGAGCCACUCCAAUGAACUCCCGACCCAUGACAGGCCCCGCCCCUGCCCUAGGCUCCACCUCCAGUCCCGCCCCCAGACUCCCUCACAGACCGAGACGGGAUGGCGAAACCGGUGCUGAAAUCGGUGAGGCCGCCCUGGUGCGAGACAUCCUUUACGUCUUCCAGGGCAUCGACGGCAAAUUCAUUAAGAUGUGCACUCCAGAGAACUGCUACAAAAUCGAUUCAAAGGUUCCGAUUUGUAAGUCUUUGCGCGACACCAGUAGCCGGCUAGCGGAGCUCGGCUGGCUUCAUAACAAAGUGCGGAAGUACACAGACUCUCGAAGUUUGGAUCGAGCUUUCGGAUUGGUCGGGCAGAGUUUCUGUGCCUCCCUGCACCAGGAGCUGAAGGAGUAUUACAGGCUUCUGUCAGUGCUGCAUUCACAGCUGCAGGUAGAGGAUGACCAGGGAGUAAAUGUUGGACUGGAGAGCACACUCACUCUAAGAAGACUUCUCGUGUGGACGUACGACCCCAAAAUCCGCCUCAAGACCCUCGCUGCACUUGUCGACUACUGUCAAGGCCGUAAGGGAGGGGAGCUGGCGUCUGCAGUGCACGCCUACGGUAAGACUGGCGACCCUCAUAUGAGAGCGCUUGUCCAGCACAUCCUCGGCCUGGUCUCGCACCCCAUUCUUAACUUCCUGUACCGCUGGAUCUAUGACGGAGAGCUCGAGGACACGUACCAUGAGUUCUUUGUAGCGUCUGAUCCAACAGUGAAGACAGACAGACUGUGGCAUGAUAAAUACUCUCUGAGGAAGUCGAUGAUUCCCUCUUUCAUAACCAUGGAUCAGGCCAGGAAGGUCCUGCUCAUCGGCAAAUCCAUUAACUUCCUGCAUCAGGUGUGCCACGACAGGACGCCGCCCGGCAAAAUCCUGCCUGCCUCCAAAUCUGCCGACUCACCCAAAGACGCGGCUGAGCUGUUCACGGAUCUGGAGGGAGCGUUUCAGAGUAAGAUCGACGCUGCGUACUUCGAGACCAGUAAAUACCUGCUGGACGUGCUGAAUAAGAACUACCAACUGCUUGAGCACCUGCAGGCCAUGAGGAGAUACCUGCUGCUGGGCCAGGGAGACUUCAUCAGACAUCUGAUGGACCUGCUCAAGCCGGAGCUGGCCCGUGCAGCCACCACGCUCUACCAGCACAACCUGACUGGGAUACUGGAGACAGCAGUACGAGCCACUAACGCCCAGUUCGACAGUCCUGACAUCCUGAAGAGACUGGAUGUCCGACUUCUGGAGGUGUCUCCGGGUGAUACAGGUUGGGACGUGUUCAGCCUGGACUAUCACGUUGAUGGACCUAUCGCCACGGUGUUCACUCGCGAGUGCAUGAGCCACUACUUGCGGGUGUUCAACUUCCUGUGGAGAGCCAAGCGGAUGGAGUAUAUCCUGACUGACAUCUGGAAGAGCCAGAUGUGCAACGCCAAGGUGCUGAAGAGCAUGCCGGAGCUGUCUGGAGUUCUGCAUCAGUGUCACAUCUUGGCCUCAGAGAUGGUGCAUUUCAUCCACCAAAUGCAGUAUUACAUCACAUUCGAGGUGCUGGAAUGUUCAUGGGACGAGUUGUGGAAUAAAGUGCAGCAGGCUCAGGACCUGGAUCACAUCAUUGCAGCCCAUGAGGUUUUCCUCGACACUAUCAUCUCCCGCUGUCUCCUAGAUUCCAACAGCAGGUCAUUGUUGAACCAGCUCCGGGCCGUGUUUGACCAGAUCAUCGAGUUCCAGAACGCUCAGAACGCUCUGUACCGCUCUGCCCUGGAGGAGCUGAAGCUCCGAGUGCAGUAUGAGGACAGCAAGAGACGCAGAGUGGAAGAGGGUGAUUGGGGUGUGACGGCGGAGCAGGAAGCGGCAGAGAACAAACGAGUGCAGGAGUUUAAGGACACCAUACCAAAAAUGUGCUCUCAGCUUCGACUGCUCACACACUUCUACCAGGGCAUUGUCCAGGAGUUCUUGCGGCUGCUGAUGACCAGCUCGGAUGAGAGCCUGCAGUUCCUCAGCUUCAGGCUCGACUUCAACGAGCACUACAAAGCCCGGGAUCCUCGCCUGCGUCCCUCUCUGGGGGCCACCAGGGGGCGCCGCAGCUCCAAUAUUUAACCCAACCAUCUUCUGCAUUAUAGGGUUGAUGUGUUUUUAUAACGGACGCUGAUGUCGAGAGGUGGUCAGUGUAUAGCGCUUACUACAGAUGUGAAUAAAAUAAAAAAACGAAUCAAUCUUUAACUUGUGUGUCAUCACCGAAAUUCACCUGAAAAUCUUUUAAAAAGCUUGGAGACUUUUUAGAGUCACAGAUAGAGAGUCUGUUAUCCGAAUUUCCUGUUACUGUUUAAUGUUUUAUUUUCUUUUUCUUUUUAAAAGAUUACGGUAAAGCUCCUUAUGGUCUUGCAGCAGAAAAAAUCGCACCUGAAAUGAAAUCAGCUUGCCUUCAGUCUUAAUAGAAAGUGAGUGAUCUGGGAUCAGCUUGUUGUGGGAUGCUAUAUAAAAGCCGGCAAUAAUUAUAAAAACGCUUUGACCAUGCCAUUAGAAUCGAGUUCUGUAUCAAUGCAUCAGCAUUUUAAAGCGAUAGCUGUCGUUUUUUCUACUGUAUAUCUGAAUCUUAACCCAGCAACCACAUGAUGAUUUCAUUAAGUGUUGAUUAAAGUCCAGUGUGUGCAUUACAGUGAUUUUCUCACACUGCUUCAUGUCCUGCCUUCCCACUGCUGGGCCCCUGAGCAAGGCCCUUAACCCUCAAAUGUAUAAAAUCAAAUAAAAUGUAAGUCUCUCUGGUUUCCCAUAAUGGCGUAAAAUGUUCAAAGAAUGCAAAUAAAUGAAAUACAUUUAAAGUAGAAUGAACAAAGAUCUGGUAAACCUGUCCUUUAGCACAUUGUACACUCUUUCUCUGACCCACAAGCUGUUCCUAGAUCAGUCCAAAGCUGCUCGACUUUUAUUCCUCUUUCGCUUAUUUUUCAUAUUUCUGUAGCAGCAGAAGGUGACUUAUUUUGUAAUGCAGAAUGAAAACACAAUCUCGCCGUAUAUUAUUCACUCCUGAUUCUGAAGUAUACCGAUUGGACCUGGCACCACAUGGUCAACUGACACGACUCCUGCUCCCCAAAAUGCUAGUGAACCCGAAUGAUGAGGUGUUGAUGACGUCAUGUUUACAAUAGUGUUCUAAAACAGAUAGUGUUGUGAUGUCAUCCAGCGUUCCUUGAGUACAGAGUACCGAGACGGGCGAGUGAAGAUCUCAAAUUGCACUCUUUUACAGAUUUCAUACGGAUCAGUCUGGGCUAAAUCAGUCACCCUACUAAGUAAUAGGCGACCAAGAGUUGUCACUGUAUUACUCUCUGUAGAAUUUUUAGGUUUGUAUUUCCGUCUCGAGGAAAAAAGGAAGUGGUUUACGUCUGGAUUUUGUCCUUGAAUCUUCCUUCUCCUCAUCAAUGGAGUCUGUUAUAUACGUAUGUAUAGAUAUAUUAUACAAUGGGGGGAAAGACAUCGCCAUUCUUUAAUAAAUAA